CCACGGCGGCUCCACCACAGGGCCCGUUGGGGGCUCCAACACUUGCAAGGAGACAUGCUGAGGCGGACUCUGGAAAACCAGGGCACCCAGACCAAACAGCUGCAGGAUGCGGUCUCCAACGUGGAGAAGCACUUUGGGGAGCUGUGCCAGAUCUUCGCGGCGUACGUGCGUAAAACAGCCCGCCUGCGAGACAAAGCUGACCUCCUGGUGAAUGUAAUCCAUGCUUACGCUGCCACCGAGAUGCCCAACCUGAAGCACGGUCUGAAGGACUUUGCCGACGAGUUUGCCAAACUUCAGGAUUAUAGGCAAGCUGAGGUGGAAAGACUUGAAGCCAAAGUAGUUGAACCUUUGAAAAGUUAUGGGACUAUUGUGAAAAUGAAACGGGAUGAUCUCAAAGCAACUUUAAGAGCAAAGAGUCGAGAAGCUAAGCAGUUAACUCAACUAGAAAGGACGCGUCAACGGAAUCCAUCAGAUCGGCAUGUCAUAUCACAGGCAGAAACAGAAUUGCAGAGAGCCACAAUGGAUGCCACCCGAACAAGUCGGCACCUGGAAGAAACAAUUGACAAUUUUGAAAAGCAAAAAAUCAAGGACAUAAAGAAUAUAUUUUCAGAAUUUAUAACGAUUGAAAUGCUGUUCCACGGUAAAGCUUUAGAAGUCUACACUGCUGCCUACCAAAAUAUACAGAAGAUCGACGAAGAAGAAGAUCUAGAGAUUUUUCGGAGCUCUCUCUAUCCACCUGACUAUUGAACUCGUUUAGAUAUUGUUCGAGCAAAUUCAAAAUCUCCUCUUCAGAAAUCCAUUUCUAUCAAGGGUAUAUCCGGAUCAGGACAGCAGAUUCCUACCACUCGGAUAAGAAAAGAUCACCAAGAUGAUGAUGAAGAGGAUGAUGAAUUGGACGUUACAGAGGAAGAAAAUUAAUUUUCUAUGUGCUUUUAACAGUUUCCCUCAACAUCAUCAACUUCAGCUUAUUAAAUGUGUCAAUUGCCCCCCAAAAGCAAUAAUAAAUGAACAUGUCUAUAUGUA